CUUGUGCCGUUCUCUUUUGUGCUUCAUUCGUGCGCUGGUCGUCGGACGUGUCCGUACGAUUUUGGAUUGAGUUCUCGUAGGCAAUUCAACUAUUUAUUUGCAGCAGUACGCGGUGCAUUCUUUACAAGAAUUAAUAGUGCAAAGUGCCGUUAGCAUCGGCCAUCUUUAAAAUAUAUUAACAUUUAUUUGGUGUAGUGAAAGAAGCACAAAAACAAAAAACCAAUUAUUUAAAAAAAAAUUGUAUUAAAAGCAAUAAAAAGUUAAAUCUUUUACAUUUUCUCCCCUUUCCCUCCCCUUUUUCGUUAGUCUCUCUCUCUCUGUGGCAUAUGUGUGUUUGUAUAAAAUAGCAGCCGAAAAUCGAGGUGCGAGAGCGAGAGUACAAAUAAAAAACGCGUGCGUUCCUCCUCUUACAUACAGUGACUGUGACCGUUGUAUUUGUGACCUGUGCUUGUGGCCACUGGAGGAUCGACGAUUUACGAAGAAUACGAAAAAUACCGGCGCAUCAAUAUAAAAGUAUUAUAACCACGCAACAAAUUCAAUUUUAAGCAUUUUAACAGAAGUAAAAGGAAAAUAAAUCAUGACUGAUGUUGAGCAACCGCCACAAAAUGGCAUAGAUCCCACUGCCGGCGAGGAGGAUGACAACAAAGCACGUCCCGCGGAUAUUGAACAGGAUAUGCGCGAAAUGGAGCGUCGCAAGCGGGUCGAGGCCAUAAUGGGCUCGAAACUGUUCCGCGAGGAGCUGGAGCGGAUCGUGGACUCGGCCCGCGAUGGCGGAGCUGGCGCCAGUGGCAUCCUGCAGCAGCUGUCGGACAUUGUGGGCGUGCCGGUGUCGCGGGUGGGCAGUGUCUUUAAGAGCAGCAACUGCAUGGUGCCCAUCAAUGAUAUACGCGGCGUCGAGUCGAUGGGAUAUGCCAAGGGCGAGAAGAUACUCCGGUGCAAGCUGGCCGCCACAUUCCGUCUACUCGAUCUGUACGGCUGGACCCAGGGUCUGGGGGCACAGAUCACUGCCCGACUUAAGGUCGACCAGGAGUAUUUCCUGGUCAAUCCCUACGGCCUGCUCUACCACGAGAUCACUGCCUCGGCGCUGAAUAAGGUGGAUAUGCAAGGCCAGAUCGUGGAGCAGGGCACCACAAACUUCGGCGGAAACAAGAGCCACUUUGUCCUCCACUCAGUGGUACAUGCUGCCCGUCCAGACAUCCGCUGCGCCAUCUAUAUCGGCUGCAGUCCGGUUGUGGCCAUUUCCUCCCUGAAAACUGGUUUGCUGCCGCUGACCAAGGAUACUUGUGUGCUGGGCGAGAUCACCACACACACUUACACUGGCCUGUUCGACGAGGAAGAGCGCAACCGUUUGGUCCGAAGCCUCGGUCCCAACUCCAAGGUCAUUCUGUUGUCCAACCACGGUGCCCUGUGCUGUGGCGAGACCAUCGAGGAGGCCUUCUUCGCCGCCUGUCACAUUGUGCAGGCGUGCGAGACCCAACUGAAGCUGCUGCCCGUCGGUUUGGAUAACUUGGUGCUGAUUCCGGAGGAGUCGCGAAAGGCCAUCUACGAGCAGUCGCGCCGGCCGCCAGAGGAUCUGGAGAAAAAGUUUGCCGCCGUCACGGCAGGCGAGGAUGGUGCUGCCGCUCCUGAGAAGGAAGCCGAAGCACCCGUGCCCAGAGUGGGCAGUCCGCCCAAGUGGCGUGUGGGUGGUGCUGAGUUUGAGGCAUUGAUGCGCAUGCUGGACAAUGCUGGCUACCGCACUGGGUACAUCUACCGCCAUCCGCUGAUCAAAUCGGAUCCUCCGAAGCCCAAGAACGAUGUGGAACUACCGCCAGCCGUUUCAUCGCUGGGCUAUCUGCUUGAGGAGGAGGAGCUUUUCCGUCAAGGAAUCUGGAAGAAGGGAGAUCUGCGCAAGGGCGGCGAUCGCAGUCGGUGGCUCAACUCGCCCAACGUUUACCAAAAGGUCGAGGUUCUGGAGACCGGCACUCCGGAUCCCAAGAAGAUUACAAAGUGGGUUGCUGAGGGUUCCCCCACCCAUUCAACGCCAGUGAGGAUAGAAGAUCCGCUCCAGUUUGUGCCUGCAGGAACUAAUCCAAGAGAGUUCAAGCGAGUCCAGCAACUAAUUAAGGACAAUCGUCGGGCGGAUAAGAUUUCGGCCGGACCACAGUCGCAUAUUUUGGAGGGCGUCACAUGGGACGAGGCGAGCCGACUCAAGGAUGCAACGGUCUCGCAGGCCGGCGACCAUGUCGUCAUGAUGGGUGCCGCUUCUAAGGGAAUCAUCCAGCGCGGAUUCCAGCACAAUGCCACGGUGUACAAGGCCCCGUAUGCCAAAAAUCCAUUUGACAAUGUUACGGACGAUGAACUCAAUGAGUACAAGCGCACGGUGGAGCGCAAAAAGAAAUCAGUGCAUGGCGAAUACACUGACACAGAUUUUUCGGAAUCAGAGGCGGUCCUGCAGGCGGGGACAAAGAAAUACCCUCAAAGCGAACCAGAGACCGAGCACCAGGUCAUUGAGAUCCAAACACAACAAGCGCCAGUCCCAAGGCAGGCAGAAGUCGUGCUGAGCGAUGGCGAUAAUAACAAUAACGAAUCUCAAGUAGAUGAAGAAGACAAGGAGAACCAGCUUUACGGCCGGAAUAGAAACUUGUCCGGAAACAGCAGAUGCCGCCGGGACCUGUUUCCGUCUAUAGGCGAGGAUCCUAUUCUGCCGUCGGAGGAGCUAUAUUCCUAUGUUUAUGCGACAGCUGCCUCCUUGGGCCAGUGCAUCCAACCACAGGUGUGCUCCGCUUUAUUGCGGGCUCUCCAUUGUGAACAGUUGGACUAUUUGGCCAGUUGUUAUCGUGGCGGAGCUGGACACUCGAAUGCCACCACCUCCAGUACAUGCACUAUAACUAGCGCCACGGCUUCUUCCAACGCCUCACGUCGUCCGCUGCAGCAGGCGAAUUUGAUACAACAUCCCCCCUACCGCACUGGUUCCCAUUUCGGGUUCAAUUCGCCACGCCAUCAACCACGCACUGAGCACAAGCAUAUGCCCAGGGAGCGGGAGCAACCGGCCUUGGGCUACCGUCCUAUGCAGCGAGGCAUCAGUUACGAAGAGAUCUUCGCCACACCUCGCUACGAGCAGUUGUGCCAGGCGUGCUUUGACAAACUGCUGCGUCUCAAGCCGGAGCUGCGUAAGAUUGGAGGCGCCACGGCUGCAAGUAAUUGCGUCGAUGAGCUGACUAGUAAUGGGAGCACCCCCUUGCAGGGACGACAACUGUCAACACUGCCUGAGUUAUCCAAUAAUUUUGGAAAUAUGUUGAUGUUGCCCGAAUUUUUGAGGACCCAACGGAAUGCCUGCACCCAGACCCAAGGGUGCUCCGCUUCAUCUUCCACCACCAAUUUCCUUAGUCAAAUCGAAAAGUUUAACUUCUCGGAAGAGUCAACGAAUGCUAAUUAUUCUCCAGGUCCAAUGAACAGCGAUCUUAGCAUUAUGGGAUUGGUUGUAGAGCAGGCAACAUCCAGUGCUGGAGCGAGUGCCACAAGUGCAGCUCCCCAAAGGACUUACCAUGCGGAACAAGCAGACAUUACCGAAGUGUGGAGCUUUGGUCGAUGGUUGGAACCCCAAGAUAAUAUAAUAGUGCGUAAUGCAGAUCCGUUUCUACAACAGCCGCUGACCGAGCAUCGCAUCACUUUGGAAAUAACGCAACAUUUUCCGACUAGCGAUCGAAAUGUAGAAGAGCAGGUCGACCGCCAAUUGAUGUCUCGCGAAGAGCGCCAGCGUCGCAAGUCUGAGUUCCAAGAGCUCUGGCAAGAUCAUGUCGAAUACUUUGGGGCCAAGGAGCAAAUGCAGCAGGAGCAGCAGUCACUUGAAAGUAUGACAACGGAUGAGCAAGAAGCCAUGUCUCUAAGAACUAAUGAUUGUAUAGGCCAGAAUCCGGCGUUGAUACAAGACGACCCAAAGGAAACUGAGACGCAAGGCGAAGGCCAUAAUGAGCUCCCUGAUGAUAUCCAAGAUGAAACCCUGACUGAGCCGAGCGAUGAGCUCCCGAAAAUUCUGCAGAAGUUUGAGGAAAGUCUUACCUUAGCUGGUGAAAACCUAGAAAAACUAGUGGCUACCACCAAGAAACUGCAGGCACUCGACACCGAUACAUCAGCCGUGACUUCAAGCAGUUCCCCUGUUGAAAGAGACCAAGUCGAAAUUAGUUCUCUGUUUCGCUCGAUUAGCUUGGAGAACAUACCCAACGCCGAUGACACUGUGUCUAUUCAGGAACCCGACGUUGCUGGGUCCACAAACUCCAGUAACAGUCAUUAUAGUGAAGAGGAGACCCUCCAAUCUAUACCCAUCAAUUUGGAGCAGGAGGAGAAACGCGACGACGAAAAGCCUGUGACUCCCACUUUAACGGAACCUGAGGAGUCCACUGAUAAGGAGAAAGAGCUUGACGACGAGAAAGACAUCGAUGAGAAUGAUUUACAAGUAAAGGCAGAUGAGAAUGAUUUAGAAGUAAUGGCGGUGGAGGAGCUCCAAGAGAUUACUGCCGAGACUCCGGAAGCCCGUAACCUAGAGCCCGACAAUCAGUAUUUCACGCCAUUGGAGCGUGAGGUUCUCCAGCGCAUCGAGGACGACAAACUUGAUGAGAGUGAGCCAAUUUUCGGGAAGAUUGAUCAUAGUAUUCGUAACAAGAUGACGCCCAAGAAGCUGCAAGACUUGGUCAGCGAGGAGAUCUUUCGCACUCGCACACUCAUCUAUCCUAAUCCAAGCACGCCGAUGGCGAAAGCUGCACCAGUCGACACCACUUUGUCUCCGAGUGGCUCUUCUCUGUCUGCUCAUAACAUUAGUGCUCCCUGCAGUUCAAUGGCACAUGCUCACCUUAUUAUCCGACCCACGCCUCGUAUGUCGCGAUCGUGGUCGGAGGACCCGGAAAGGGAUGAGGAGGAUCAAGAGAAGAACAAUCAGAACGAACAGGGAAUGAUUGAAGAAGAGACCCCUCUGGACCGGAUUAUUUCCUCAACAACUUUUGUGUGCCGUAGUAGUCCGCGCAGAAAGCGCAACUUUAUCCAGGAGAACAUUCGCAAUGCUAGCAGACCGCGAAGUGCCGCCGGUUCGGUCAAAAAGCAUAGGAGCAACAUAGUCACAAGUCCUAGAACCAUAUCGAGUCCCUCCUCUGUGUGUGCCUUUCAGUGUGGCCAGCGGGAUAGUGGCGCCCGUCUCUGGGUUUCCUUGCCAACGCCUCCUCGAGGAGCAUCUGCUCAAAAGCGGGGAAACUCGACGAGUCCUGCGCGGGCCUUGUACUCCGUACGCGGUACUCUCUCCUCGCCAUUCGCCAAACGUCGCAAGCCCCUGGUUAAUCUUCCACCUUUGCGUCGGCCUCAACAUAGGGUCAAUCUAUCGCAGAAUCCCGAGCUAAACUCGUCUAAUGUAUCCUUACAUCGAACUCUGUCAAACAGCACGUUCUUUGUGCCCAGUGGAGAACAUGGAGAUUCGGAUAACAUCUCAACUAGCACCUUUCAGAUGGACGGAAGUCAGGAGGAACAGGAGCGGGAGGACGAAGGAUGUCCAAGGGAAUCCCCGGCAGCGCAUGAUAAAGCUAAUGCCACUAACAGCUCCUUGUACUACAGCGCAAACGACAUCACGCGAGAGGAGACAGAAUCUUCACAGACAAGCGCAGAGGCAACGGAAGAGGAUCAAAGGCCUUUUUUGCCGCAGAGCUCUACUGUCACCGUUUAUGAGAGUUCGUCUGAUAAGUCUGUGCAUAUUCCGAUGAUAACUAACUAUGAAGACUUAUCCUCGCAGAAAAACGAGAUGGUACCCACAACGGCAGAUACCCAUGUAUGCAUCCAGUCCCUGGAAGUAACUGAUCCGGAAAUCUCCCGCCAACUCGAAGAUGAAGAAUUUUUGGUAGAACUCACACGACUAACAGCUGGAUCGGACCGCCAGCAAACUUCUAAGAGUACCAUAGAAAGUGACCAUCUCAAAGAAGAGAAAUCUGAACCAGAACAGAAGUCAGAGAAUAUUAGCAGCAGGUGCGAAAAUGUCCUUUCCUCAGCAAUCGAAUUGAAUGGAACGGAGAAAAAGAACGAUGAAUAUGACAGUAGCAGUGAUUACGACGGUGAGAAACUUAUUCGUGUGGAAAAGGCCUUUGAUGAUAAGGAUAUAGCUAUUAACGACGACGAACCCUCUACCUCAAAAGCUUCAGUGACUAGAAACCGCAGCACCGGCGGGGCCGAAACGAACCAGUAUUCCUCUAUUAAAGAUGAGGAUGAGGUUACCCUGGACACAGUUUGCUCAGUGCGUGGUUUGGAGAUGUACGUGCGGGAGGUGGAGCCAAAAAUACAUGAGAAUUUGUCACAUGGAGAAGUUAAAGUUGGAUAUUUGUCAGAGUCAACGGUCGCGGACGAAUUUAUAGAGUCGGGGGGAUUAAUUGAACUUGGGUCGGUAAAGGAAGAUGAUAAAGUUUGUGUUCCAGAGUCAGUAAAACCAGAGAUAUAUCAGGAAUCUACUGAAACCGAAUGAAGAAAAGAAUAAUAG